AUGGAGUCCCAAAUCGAUUCCCCGUGGAAGCUCAACGAAAAUAUUGGAGUAGAUACGCAAGUGAUUGAGUUGUAUGCAACCUGUGAAUUGGAACCACUAGAUGAUAGUCUAUCGAUGAAUCUUUCUAGGAUCAAAACGCUGAAAGUUAGCAUAUACUUUCCCUUGAGCAGAUUGAGACCCUCCACCAUAGAAAUGAAGAACACACUUAGAGAUGAGAUUUUGUGGCAACACCCAUUUCUUGUUUUCUUCACAUUGGUCUUGAGUUUUGUUAUAAUUGACCCAUUCCAAAUGGGUCCAACAGGGGGGCAUGAAUUCAAGCCUGUGAAGCAUGACAUUGCACCUUACAAGCAAGUCAUGGAGAACUGGCCUAGAGACAACAGGAGCAGGCUUGGGGAUGGGAAGUUGGAGUUCAAGGAUGAAGUUUUCGGCCCCGAAUCGUUGGAAUUUGAUCGAUUUGGUCGCGGUCCUUACACUGGAUUAGCCGAUGGACGGAUAGUCAGAUGGUUGGGAGAGAAUGUUGGGUGGGAAACAUUUGCACUAGUAACAGCUAAUUGGUCAGAGAAGUUAUGUGCAAGAGGUGUUCACUCCACCACACCUAAGCAAUGGAAGCAUGAGAAGCUCUGUGGUCGUCCGCUUGGCCUCAGAUUCGACAGCAACACCGGAGAUUUGUAUGUCGCUGACGCCUAUUACGGCCUUCUGGUUGUUGGUCCAGAAGGAGGGCUUGCAACACCAUUGGCAACUCAUGUGGAUGGGAAGCCAAUUCUCUUUGCAAAUGACCUUGACAUACACAACAAUGGCUCCAUCUUCUUUACAGACACCAGCAAGAGAUACGACAGAGUGAAUCAUUUCUUUAUACUGUUAGAAGGUGAAGCCACUGGUAGGCUUCUCAGAUAUGAUCCUCCAACUAAAACAACUCACAUUGUCUUGGAUGGCCUUGCUUUUGCAAAUGGAGUUCAGUUAUCAAAGGACCAAACCUUUCUCCUCUUCACUGAGACUACCAAUUGCAGGCUGAUGAAAUUCUGGCUGGAGGGUCCAAAGGCCGGGAACGUGGAACUUGUAGCAAACCUUCCAGGUUUUCCGGAUAAUGUCAGACUGAACGAAAAGGGGCAAUUCUGGGUAGCCAUUGAUUGCUGUCGAACUCCCGCACAGGAGAUCUUCGCGCACAAUCCAUGGAUAAGGAGCUUCUACUUCCGGUUGCCAAUCCAGAUGAGGUUCUUGGCGAGGGUGAUGGGGAUGAGAAUGUACACAGUGAUUUCUCUCUUCAAUGAAGAAGGAGACAUCUUGGAAGUCCUUGAGGACCCAAAGGGUGUGGUCAUGAAACUUGUGAGUGAAGUUAGGGAAACACAAGGGAAGCUCUGGAUUGGAACUGUGGCUCAUAACCACAUAGCUACCCUUUCUUACCCCUGAAGUUCAGUUGCAGUAGGAAUUUUUAUUGC